AGAAAGAACAGUCAAAAUGCAGGCAGGGCACAGGACAAAGCAGUAGGGACAAAAUGUAUAAAAAAAUUAAAUUUUUUAAAAUGUUUAAAUUUGCCGCCGGUUCCGGCGCCCGGUAUGUCCCAAGUUACGGGGACCGGAACACGGAAGCCGGCAUCGGCCGGAGGAGAUGGCCUGGGACUCUGCAGGGGACACAUUGCAGGAGCGAAGGACAAAGUAAGCGCUGCAGGAACUCCCUGAGCAACACCGCAUGGUAAGCCCGAGUGUAGCUCGGGGUUACCCUCUUGGUACUGAAAU